CCAGCUUUAUCACAAUGUACUUCUUGUAAAACUCUAACUAACCCUAAAAAGUCACCAGUGAUUGUUACAUCACCUAAUGGAGCAAACAUACGUGACAAACCGUGUAUAAGUGGAAACGAAAUUGCCAGCUUGGGAAAAGGUGCUAAAUUUAACCCUGAGAAAGAUUGUGUUGGUCAAUGUGUAUCUGAUGGUGCUAUAACCAAUAUUUGGCUUCGUGUUGGUGUUAAAGGUGGUAAGACUGGUUUUAUAUGGUCCGGUGCAACCGAUUAUCCUUUUACACCCUGUGGAGCAAAUGCUUAG